AUCGGCGCCUUGUCUGGACUGGUCCCGCUGGAAGAGAGGAGGCUGUGAGGGGAGCCUGUGGCGUGUCAGCCGCAGGGCUCAGAAAACUUACCUACUGUCCCUCCUCCCUACCGCCAGCACCCCUCAAUCCAGGGCCUGGGGUUCUGGGGGCCGGAGCUGCCCUGAAGGGAGUGCAGACUCUGGUCCUCUGCCCCUUGUAAGCGCCGUGAGAUGUUGAUACCAGUGAACCAGGAUCAAUUCUCCCUAAAUGUUGGAACAGUGUUCUGAAGCUCUCUGCACAAUGGACCAGGGUGUUUUAUUGAGUUGGCUGGCUCCUCUGGCUGAUGGCAUGUUGAGGCACGUGGGCCAGUGGCAACAAGGGCAUCCAAUCCAGAGGGGGCCACUCUAGAGGCCAGGCCACCAGCAUCAUGGGCCAGUGUGUCACCAAGUGCAAGAAUCCCUCAUCAACUCUGGGUAGCAAGAAUGGAGACCGUGACCCCAGCAGCAAGUCACAUGGGAGGCGGGGUGCAGGCCACCGUGAGGAACAGCUGCCAGCCUGUGGCAAGCCAGGUGGGGAUAUCCUUGUCAAUGGGACCAAGAAGGCAGAGGCUGCUACUGAGACCUGCCAGCUGCCAACAUCCUCAGGAGAUGCUGGGAGGGAGCCCAAGUCAAAUGCCGAGGAGUCUUCCUUGCAGAGGUUGGAAGAACUGUUCAGGCGCUAUAAGGACGAGCGGGAGGAUGCAAUUUUGGAGGAAGGCAUGGAGCGCUUUUGCAAUGACCUAUGUGUGGACCCCACGGAAUUUCGAGUGCUGCUCUUGGCUUGGAAGUUCCAGGCUGCUACCAUGUGCAAAUUCACCAGGAAGGAGUUUUUUGAUGGCUGCAAAGCAAUAAGUGCAGACAGCAUUGAUGGGAUCUGUGCACGGUUCCCUAGCCUCUUAACAGAAGCCAAACAAGAGGAUAAAUUCAAGGAUCUCUACCGGUUUACAUUUCAGUUCGGCCUGGACUCUGAAGAAGGGCAGCGGUCACUGCAUCGGGAAAUAGCCAUUGCCCUGUGGAAACUAGUCUUUACCCAGAACAAUCCUCCAGUAUUGGACCAGUGGCUAAACUUCCUAACAGAGAACCCCUCGGGGAUCAAGGGCAUCUCCAGGGACACUUGGAACAUGUUCCUUAACUUCACUCAGGUGAUUGGCCCUGACCUCAGCAACUACAGUGAAGAUGAGGCCUGGCCAAGUCUCUUUGAUACCUUUGUGGAGUGGGAAAUGGAGCGAAGGAAAAGAGAAGGGGAAGGGAGAGGUGCACUCAGCUCAGGGCCCGAGGGCUUAUGUCCCGAGGAGCAGACUUAGUGGCUCUGUCUCAGGAGCAGCAGCAAGGAUCUGCCCGCUGCCCUGCAGCCAACCAAGGAAUUGGACCUUUCUGGAAAUUACUGAAGAUCCGGAUAUUUUCUACUUUACACCUUUCUCUGCCUUGUAUCUGAAAGGGCUCUAAAAUGCUGUAUCAUGUUUUAGGCACUUUCUUCACUUUUUGGAUAUUUUGGUUAUUUCUUUUUUGGGGGGAGGGUCCCCCAAAAUAUCUGAACCUGGCUACAUGUUGUGUAUCUUUUUUUUUUUUUUGAAGCCUUCAGAUAGAAUAAGCCUGCCACUUCUUGCACAAAUUAGAUUUUUUUGGGGGGGGUGGGGGAGGGUGUAGAGCAGGGAGGGGGGAAUGGGACAGUUAGGUUGAAUUAUCAUUACAAAACGAUACAGUGCCAGAUCUCAGUUUUGCAUAUUCUUGUUUUUCAGGGCAGGUCUGUACUGUGUGUAGUGCUGUUUACAUCGUUGAAUUUAGGUUGUAAUAAUUAUUUUUAAAGAUUUACACAGAGUUGAAUAACAGUGUUAACUGUUAACCACAUUGCAUUAAUUCCCAGGCGAUUUAAAGCUCUUGGAGAGCCAAGGCCAGCCAAGAGCAUUUGUAGUCUGGUGACAACCCCCUUUUAAGCUAAUUUAUCUGGAACCCUUAUUUUCCUCACUUCUUGCUCAUUCCUUCUUUGACCUAUUGCAUUUCAUGUUGAGUUUAUCCAUCAACAUGCUGCACCUGUCAGUCAAGUGAGCGGGUUUUUUUAGAACACAUUGUACUGAGAACCACUUAAGCAUUGAAUGCAGAGAAAGCAGUGCUACCUCAGUUUUGCUGGAAGUAGACUUUGAUAGUUUUCUUUCUUUGAUGAACUUUCUGUAUUUUCACGUUUUAAGUGGAAAUACUUUUUUUUUUUUUCAUUUGCCUUGGAGCCAAAGUUUCUGUUCCUGGGGGUCAGAAAACUGUGCCUGCCGGCCAACUGACUUGAAGGAAAACUGUGGUAUGGAGCUCUGCUUGAAUUUUUUUUUUUAAUUGAGUAUCAUCAGCUUACUUGUCUGGCAAGUGCAGAAGCCUGGACUGGCUUGAACUCUGCCAAACAAAUAUAAAAAUGUAUUUAAUAGUUAAAACGUGUGCCCUUUCCCUUCUUGCUGCACCCAUGUUGUCACUUAACCCCCAGAAGUUAUUUAUUUUCUUCUUUGUUAAUGUCAGGCUCAUUUGGGGUAAUGUGAUGACUGUUUAGGUUUACAUGACCCACCUCUCCUUUUCCUACCCCCAAAUAUGUAUAUAUACAUAUAUAAGAUAUGUAUAUAUUUUACCUAUAUAAAAUAUAUAUAUAUACACAUAUAUGUAUCUAUAUUUCUUUGUUUCUUUGCCUGCUAAAACUGGCUAUAAAAGGGAGCCUUCAAUAUAUAUAGUAUAAGAAGAGUGCCAGGGAACAUCAUAAUGGAGGCUUUUGAAUCAGAAUUUGGACCAGUUUCAUUAAAGAGAAGAUUAAUUUUCUCAGCCUUUUCCUCACAAGAGGGAGUCCCAGUUCCCCAGACUCCUCUGCGUGCUCGCUCCGUAAGGCCAGCUUUGGCCAAACUGCCACACAGGAGCUGACUCUGGUCCUACCUGGUUUCAGUAGAGGGUCCUCUUGUUAUUUUUCCAUUAAAAAGAAAAAAUGUCCUCAUAAAACUGUACUGGAAGGGUGGGUGGCAGGAACUUGUACUGUUCAGCUUCCAACACUUUGGAACAGAUUGAAAAGGGAAUCUUUUAAAUAAAAAAAUAUUUACACUCUUGAGGUAAUGAAGAGUUUGUCUAUUAAACAUUUGGAGUUUUCUCCCCCAACUUACCCCAUCUCCCUCCCCGGUAUGUUUCUCAGCCUGGGCAGGAAUCACUUAUUUUGAGUUCCUUUAUUAGUAGCCUAUGGCUCUGGGCUCCCAUAUUUACAAAUGAUUUAAGGAGUUUCUGCAGUCGAUGUUUUUCUAAAAUUGGUAUUGACAAUAGGGAACAUACUUGAAGUUAGAUUUUCUUUUUUGAAUCCUAACCCUGACAGUUGCCCCUUCUUAGAGGGAUGGAUGGGAAACUUUCAAGUCAGCCACAGUAGGUUGGCAGUACUGCUGGAAAGCUGACGAGGGUCCCAGUCCAGAUGUCUGGCUUUGUUCUAGCCUAAGACACAAGAUCCUUGUACGAAGAGUUUCUAGAGGUCCUAGCAGGUUCUGUGUCUCAACUGUAGUCAGGGCAUCUAGAGUGAGGUGUUAACAAGACUGCCUUUUCAUCCAGUCAGUGUGCAACCCCCAGUUUUUCCCAAUUCUGGAUUGGGUAGAGGUUGAAUAAGGGUAAAGGCAGGCUGCUCCUAGCCAGGUAAGGCUUUUUCUGUCUCAGAUCAGAAGGGUGUAUGGAGAGAAGGGCACAAAAGAGGUAGAUGCUGAAUAUCCUGAGGACUCUGGAGGAACUGGAUUCUUUCCCCAGCCUAUAAGAAGGCACGAUUCCAUGCAUUAGGUGUGCUAUGAUGGGUGGUUUUUUGUUUUAAUUCAGCUCUUCAGCUUCCUCAACAAAAGAACCAUUAAAAAAAAUUAUUUUGGGUUAAAUAUUUAAUGGUCUAUUUGUUGCAAAAAUGCAAAUUAGAAGCCUGAAAAGGGAAUGGUCAGGGAGGGAGUUUCCUUCCAGGUUUGAGUCUUUAAUGCAAGGAAUUCAAGCUUCUGCAGUAGCCUGGGCCAAUGCUCAUUAACUUUCUCAUGAAAAGCAGUUUUCUGCAAAGGGAUCCAAGGUAGUGUGUGUGUGUAGGGUUUGCAGUUGCACUUGUGGGAAAUGAAAGGUCCCUGUUCCUCUUCACCUAGAGAUAGGUUUGCUGCUUAAUGAGUGAGCUGUAAUUGCUCACUCAAUGAGUUGAAGAGGUCAAUGCAUGCCCCUCAAGUAAGCCAGUGCACCCUUCACUUUAACAAUAUGACACCAGAGUGGUGUGGUGGUGUGGAGAGGGGCAGGAUGUGGAUGCCAUUUUGAAAAUAGGCAAAUAUCAGAGUGGCUACAACAAACUGAAUAUGUUGGGAAAUUGCUUGAUUUUUGGCAAUGGUUUUUUUUUUUUUUUUUUUUUUUUUGCGGUACGCGGGCCUCUCACUGUUGUGGCCUCUCCUGUUGCAGAGCAACAGGCUCCGGACGCGCAGGCUCAGCGGCCAUGGCUCACGGGCCCAGCCGCUCCGCGGCAUGUGGGAUCUUCCCGGACCGGGGCACGAACCCGUGUCCCCUGCAUCGGCAGGCGGACUCUCAACCACUGCGCCACCAGGGAAGCCCUUGGCAGUGGUUUUGUGUGUGAGCUUCUGUGGUAUUUCUUUAGCAAUUGAUUAGAAAGCUGUAUGAGAUGAAGUGUGCUUCAUUGAAUUGCUCUUCCCCUCUCCCUGCCAAAUUUGAAUGUAUCAUUCUUAGCCCUGCCUCCUGUAAUGACACUUUGCUAUGCUUCAGCUAGUUGCCUCAGCAGUUCUCCCUGCCAGAUGUGCUCACAUGUGUGAGUUGGGUCCAAGAUCGCAUUUCUACCCUUCUGGUAAGAAGAAAAAAUCUAGAGCUGGGUAAAGAUCCAAAUUUCAACCAAGCCCUCAGCCCCGAGGAAAUCCAAUAGAAAACGUACAAGACAGUGUUUUCAAUAUUAAACUCCCUAAGGAAGGCACAAACUAGCCUUUUUGGAAAGAAAGAAAGAUUAAGCCACACAUUAUUUUUGGUCUUUUAAACAGUACGGAUCUCCCAAGGACUGGUGGCAAAAUUCAGUCCUCAGUGCUGGAGCCUGCAGGGUGUGGGACUCCACAGUUCACGUGAUGGCCUCAUAUACUAUACCAUGUCAAAUUUAAACAACGGUAGGAAAUUACUGGGAUAAGGACCUGGUAUAGGUUUAAAAAAACAGAAGAUCUGUAUUUAGGACUGUGUUUGGCUUGCCGCAUUUAAAGUCAAGUCUUCAGUGCAGUGAAGCCCAAAGGUAGACCCAAUUACACAAUUAUAAGGGCUGGGAGAAAGCUGCUGUUUUGCUGUAGUAGUCCGCUUUGCUAUUUCUGUCUUAUGUUUGGUUAGUGAUGACCUGAACAUCUUGGUAAUUGACAAGGUCUUCCUUGGGGGACUCCAGCAGUAUCUUGUUUAAAGAAGAUGGACUUAAAAGGACUAUUAAGUCAUUAAAGUGUUAAUUGGGACCCAUUUGAGAACACGUGACAUUGAUCUUCCUCUGAAUGCAGUCUGUUUUCUGAUUCAUAUAGAGGGGUUCCCACCCACUUCCCCUUCAGAGUUUACUCCUUUGCUAAGCUGUAAUUAUAGCACAUAUCCAGGUUCACCCUGACUGGCACUGCCUUACAGUGAGGAUCUGCAGGUGUUUUUCCUCAUUGAAAGACAAAAUUGAGUAACCAUCAGAUUCUGCUUCUGAUUCAGGUACUAGGGCAUCACAUCCUCCUCCCUAUUUCUCUUCUUGGAAACUGAGCCUGCUCUUCCAACCACCCACCUUCCCUAGUAGAAACUUUCAACACAAAUCUUGGAUAUUGCCAAAGCCAUUCAGCAGCUGCUGUGGUUUUAUUCUCAACACACAUUUAUUCUGAGAGAAGUGUCUUCCCUCUGACCCUGGUCCCAGCCCCCUGAGUCUGUUAUUAAUUGCUCUUACCUGUUGCACUAAUGAAUAAGAUUCUAGGUUUCAAAGGGGGAAUUUGAAGCAAUAGGCAAAUGGGGCGUGGAUAAAUUGGUCCUACAAAUAAGACACCCUGCCUUACACCGCUGAGGUGAUGAGUCCACUACUCAUGUGACCCUCCACCUUUGUGGAUUCCUCUUGGUUUGUGACCAAUGUGUCUGUUUCUUGAAGUUGUACAAAUCUGUUGACAAAAGUCAAUACUUUGAUUUUUAUUCUCUGCACUGUUGCACUCUCCAAAUGGCUCCUUGAAUUUUUUAAUUAACUUGUUACACACAUUAUUGUCACUUUUUUAUUUGGAAGGUAACCUGCUGUUGGACUUAAUAAAUUUGUUUACUUGA